AUGUCAACCAAACGACGUCUUGCGGGUCAUGAGCGAGGGCGGUCGACCAGCAGAUCAACGCGCCCGCACUUCCGCCUUGUCCCACCCAACAAACAUUCGCCACACGAACAAGCUGUCGUCAAUGCCGGCUACCCAUGGGUACGAACAAAUUGUCUGAUCCCGACCUGGCUAUCUCCGGACAUAGACCCUCGUCCCAAAACCGUCCCGGACCGUCUGAAUCCGCACGGACAUCACGGCAUCAACACUCACCUCAUCGUCGAGGGAGACUUGACACUGAUACCGGUCAAGAAGUUCUUUGGCAAAGACCAUGUCGCCGCCAAGACCAUGUCUACGGACCCAGGCUCGCAGAAAGAGCUGUCUGUCGCACCCUACGAGAUAUACUGGGGAAUGACUCAGCAAGCUUGCAAAUUCGUGGAAGGGCACCGCAAUUUGAGCCCCAGAAGCGCUCACCGGUACAUGUCGAGAGGCGGCUUGGAAUGGAUUGACAAGACUGGACGGGCCGUUGAGGGCACUGAGAGGACCUUCAUUCUCCAACAACUCGAUGGCGCGGAUUUCAAGACUCAUUUCGACUUCAAGGCGAUGCGGAGGUUAGCGACUUGCUCCUUCAAGGAGGACAACCAAGUCACUAGAAGCAUGCGACAAUGGUUCCUACAAGAGUGGAACGACCCGGACGUUCAAGCUGCUAGAGGCGACCUUCGCCCUGCUAUUCACCCGUUGGAAUCCCCUCCACCUUCGCAGGCGCAAGACCAUGACAUGGAUGAUAUUGAUGAUGAGGUUGAUUUCUUGGGAGAUGAUAUGGACCCUGACGAUGAAGAUGGCAGUGCGAUUUUGACUGAGGCUUUCCAAGACUGGCUAAAGGGAGGCCUUCCUCACAAUUAA